UGACGUUAUUUUUUGUGUAUUUAGAAGGUGUUGUCUUUGUUACUAUUAUUUUUCAUUCGCGACUUAGGCUGGCUCAUCUUCACAUGCCUUCCUUUCCGAACUGAUAUCAUCUGUUUGUUUUGUAAAGCAAUUAACUUUAACUUAAGUUUUAAUUCGGUUCUCAGGAUGGAAAAGCUAAUUCUUUUGCUGCUGCCAGUCUUGGUAUCUUGUAGCAUUACAGUCAACAUCAUCGCUUCCAACUCCGAUGCCACUUCGAGGGUCAACUACAUAGGGACCGACUCAAACAUCAUCAGCGCCAAAGAACGCGUCACAUUCGGAGUUACCGACGAAAACUUGAAGACAGCAGCUGAAAAAUACUCUGGUGGCAGACCAAAGGACGUAUUCCUUCACAGCCCUACCCCAUGGAAUGAUUUGUACCAAACCUACGGCUGGAGGCAAGUCAGAAGAAUAUUAAGGCCAAUCAGACACAAAAUUCUUAGCGUGGACAGCGAAGACAGCGUCAUGAGUGUAAAGGAAAUGCACAAUAAUAGUACCGCGACAGUUUCGUUCAAUACUGGGAUGCAGCAGGAUGUGGAAAAUAUUGUCUCUAACACGUGGAGCAAAGAAGGAGCGCUGACGAUCGAAGAACCCAUUCACUACGAUAUCAAUUUCAUUUCUGGCAGUGUUACUGGACCGGACUUCAAAUUCUCGUCUAAAUGGGCAAACGAUGCGAUGGAGGUGAAGAAAAUAACCAUAGGUUCAGAUUCGGAUACGACUGUACCUGUAGAACCAGGACAAUCGAUUAAAGCGUCAUUGCAGGCCACAAAAGUGACGAUGAUUGCCGAAAUAGAUUAUUAUGCGAAUUUGAACGGUCACGUUGCUUGUAACUACCCUAAGAAAUUCAACGGCCAUCACUUUUGGAGGUAUGACGUGACAGCGUUGCAAGAAGCAGGCCAAUUAAGAAAGACGGUUAUGUCAUCUGAAGUGAUCAAAAUUAGGUAUUAUAGCAACCCAAAACUGGUGAUAACGAAUAAAGACACAAACGAGGAAAUUUCAUCACACCCUGGUUUUCUACGGGAUACCAAUAUUACAGAGAAAGUGCAUGCCUAG